GGUCUCGUCAGGUAUCGCUAAAGCCCACAUAUAUUAUUGAUACCUCAGGCCCCCAUCAAUUACGUCUACACAGCCUCAGCUUCAAUAUGUCAGCCGUCGGCGGUGUCGGUCACGUUUUGUCUCCUGCACGAACAUCUUCACCGGAUCCAUACCCAGAAAGUCCUGGAUGGGACCUCUCGCCUCCUCAAAGCCCUCCGCAGCCUCACCGGAGACCUCCAGGUCGCCUAAGUGACCAAGUCGACACUUACGCUGGAAUACGCAACCUGAUCGAACCUGAGCUUUCGAACCCAGGCACGUCCCCUACCUUGAACGCGACCGAUCAUAGCGGAGAUGGAGGCGCUGUCUCCCGAUUCAGGCGCGCAUUUCGACGGACGACUUCGCUGCACCACUCACAUCCACAUUCGCAUGCACAUGCACACCCGCAUUCGCAUGCACAUUCACCUUCACAUUCGCACUCCCAGGGUAGUUGCUGCCUAGGAGCCUCCCUCCAUGAUGAAGAACUGUGGCUAAAGAAACUAGGAGCAGAGAACGAAGUCAGCGAUGAAGUUAGCAACGCAGACAUCGAGAAAGGGCCCCCGAUUUACCAGCGAUUCAUCCUCAACAUCGAUGGACUGAAGUGCGGAUGCUGCGAGACUGGUAUAACACGGGCCGUGGACCGCAUCUCAGCCAUCCGCGAUCACCAAGUAAACAUCGUAAUGGCCAGGCUUGAGUUCGACUUGGACAUCAGUCGGACCUCCAUUGAUGACGUUCUCAAGAAGCUGAAUACCGCAACCGGGUAUUCCUUUGAACAAAACAGCAGACCCAGAGACCAAGUUCUGGAGCUCAUGCACACCAAUACUCAUGACUUCCACCGCGAAGAUCGACCCAAGGGUAUCACCUCAGUCGAGCUUCCAGAACCACACAGACAAUUUUGGAAUCCUUCCUGGUACUGGACCAAGGACAACCUGCUCCUCAACGAAGCGACUGGUGACGGUAUUGAGAAAACGAAAACCAAGCAAGCUGUCGAUAAAUGCAUAACGGCUACCCGACAACCUCAGCUGGUGCGUAUUCAUUACAACGCAAAGGUUGUUGGUGCUCGCGAGAUAUACGAUUUCUAUCGUCUUAGAAACGACGAGGUGGCCCUGGCGCCACCUCCGACCCACUCAAGCCUCAAACUGGGGGCGAAACAGACAAGACGAGCGCUAUGCUGGUUUGUUCCUGCUCUAAUUCUUACGAUCCCUGUCCUGGUGCUGGCAUGGGCACCCGUCGACCACGAUAAGCUCGCCUACGCUCAUGCUUCGAUAGCACUAGCUUCGAUCGUCCAGAUCAUUGCCUGGAUCGAGUUCCUACCCAGCGCCCUCAGGUCGCUAUGGUACUCUCGUGUGCUUGACAUGGACUUCCUCAUCUCACUCAGCACUAUGACUGCAUACGUCUUUAGUGUCGUGUGCUAUGUGUAUCAGGUUAUCGGCAAGCCUUUGGGGACGGAGUCAUUCUUCGAGACAUCCACUCUGCUGGUCACACUGAUCCUGCUAGGUCGCGUCAUCAACGAGUUCGCCCGUUAUCGAGCUGCAAAGUCUGUUUCCUUCCGCUCUCUACAGACCGACAAAGCGCUUCUUGUCGAGUGGGGUCACGAACGGGAGGCGGAUCCGCCCACCAAGGAGAUCGAUGCCCGUUUACUACAGUACGGAGACAGCUUCAAGGUUCUUCCACAUACGCGCAUCGUCACAGAUGGGACUGUCUACUAUGGCGGGUCAGAGGUCGACGAAUCUAUGCUCACGGGCGAAUCCAUCCCCGUCGCAAAAGGGGUACACUCACGCGUCUAUGCUGGCACCAUGAACGGUAGUGGAACACUUAUUGUGAUCCUGAAGGCGCUACCGCACGAGAACACUAUCCACAAGAUCGCUACAAUGGUCGAAUGCGCCGAGUUGACGCAACCAAAGAUACAAGCCCUGGCCGACCGCAUAGCUAGUUGGUUCGUACCUGCCAUCGCAGCGAUUGGAUCCAUCGUCUUCCUCAUCUGGCUUCUCAUUGACCGGUUCUACAACAAGCGUGACUGGCAUGAGGCCGUUGUCAGAGCCAUCACCUACGCUAUCGCCACCCUCAUUGUUUCCUGUCCCUGCGCAAUCGGACUCGCUGUUCCCAUGGUCGUCCUCAUUGCGGGUGGGGUCGCAGCACGAUACAGCAUCAUCUUCAGAGACCCCCAGAAGCUCGAAGUCGCACGGAACGUCACGGAUGUCAUCUUCGACAAGACUGGCACGCUCACCACCGGCUGCUUCUCGGUCAUCAGCGAACAGUAUCAUGGCACCUUGGAGCCCGCUCAGGUCAAGUCUAUCCUUCUCGGUCUUCUAAAAGACAACAGGCAUCCCAUCUCCUUGGGUGUCAACAACUUCCUAGCCAAAGAAUCCCGCAUGAGCUCUGAACCCAACCUCAUACCCGCUGAGAUGCACAGCAUAUCCAGCCUACCCGGAGAAGGUGUUGUAGGCUUCACGCGCGCCGGCAACUACGAAGUCCGCGCCGGAAACCCCACCUGGCUCUCCCUCCACGUCGAGGAAGCGAACUGCAGCUACCUCUGCGUCACGAUCCGAGGCGAAGUCUCCGCCGUAUUCAAAUUACGCGACACACCCAAACGCAACGCCGAGAGGGUCAUCGAGGCGUUGCACAAGCGCCACAUCACCGUCCACAUGAUCAGUGGCGACUCCCAAGGCUCCGUCGACACCGUUGCGCACGAACUCAACAUCCCGAAACGAUUCACCAAGAGCCGCUGCAGGCCCGAGGGGAAACAGAAGUACAUCCAAGACCUGCAAGAAAGGCAGUGGAAGAAGAAGAACCGCAUCGUCCUCUUCGUCGGCGACGGAACGAAUGAUUCUGUUGCCUUGAAGCAAGCAGAUGUUGGCGCGCACAUGCACUCCCCCCACUCGAGCUCCGAUGUCGCCAAACAAGCCGCAGACGUCGUCCUCAUGACCGAGCGGCUCGCCGAUAUUCUCAUCCUCCUCGACAUCAGCCAAGCCGCAUAUAGACGAAUUAUCUGCAACUUUGUAUGGAGCGCGGUGUACAACCUUGGUGCUAUCUUGUUGGCUGCUGGUGCUUUUGCGGGUAUCAAGAAGGGAGGGCAGGAGGUCAAAAUUCCGGCGCAGUGGGCGGGGUUGGGGGAGCUGGUUAGUGUGUUGCCGGUUGUUGGAGUGGCGUUUCAGAUGCGGUGGAGGGAUUAUGGGGGGCGGUUUAAGGAUGUUGACUACGACGAGGUGAAGAGGGUUAUGAAAGAAGGAAAGAAGUAAGGGGGUAGAGUAGGAGAUGAUAGGUAUGAGAUGAUAGGUAUGAGAUGACAGGUAUGAGAGGGAAGCUGGAUUCAAGGAUGAAGUGUUGUUGUGUGAGGGGAAUGCGUAUUGGGUAUUCGCUUAUUUUACUUCAUGGUCUUUCAUUCUCCCGCGAGCUCCAAGUCAAGUACGGUUAUCACCAGACCCUUCGGAUUCCAACUGCGACAUGUCCGUCACCUUACGGUACUACUGCGCCGACUCCAUCACUCGUUCGUGUCGAUGUAGCGAUACAUACAUGCUGGUUUUUCCAUACCACGAUGGCCUCGUGCCGGUGGUU